ACGCCCUCCACUCGUCUCUUCCCCGUCGCUGUGUGUUGCUUUGCCUGUCUCGACGCACCGCCGCAGCGAGCAGAGCAAUGGCUCUACCCCGGGGCCUCCGCGCCCUCAUCCUCGCCGUUGCAUUGCCGGUGCUCUUCUUGUCCGCUGCAGAGGCCGGCACGGUGGGGAUCAACUACGGGAGGGUGGCGAACGACCUGCCCAACCCGGCGGCGGUGGUGCAGCUGAUGAAGCAGCAGGGCAUCGCGCAGGUGAAGCUGUACGACACCGAGCCGACCGUGCUGCGCGCGCUGGCCAACACCGGCAUCAAGGUGGUGGUCGCGCUGCCCAACGAGCAGCUCGCCGCCGCGGCCUCGCGCCCGUCGUACGCGCUCGCCUGGGUGCGCCGCAACGUCGCGGCGUACUACCCGGCCACGCAGAUCCAGGGCAUCGCCGUCGGGAACGAGGUGUUCGCCUCAGCCAAGAACCUGACUGCGCAGCUCGUACCGGCGAUGACCAACGUGCACGCCGCGCUGACGAGGCUCAACCUUGACAAGGCCGUCAAAGUAUCGUCCCCCAUCGCGCUCACUGCGCUCGCUGGGUCGUACCCGCCCUCCGCCGGCGUGUUCCGGGAGGACCUCGCCCAGGCAGUCAUGAAGCCCAUGCUCGACUUCCUCGCACAGACUGGCUCUUUCCUCAUGGUGAACGCGUACCCAUUCUUCGCGUACUCUGCCAAUGCGGACGUCAUCUCCCUCGACUACGCGCUGUUCCGCCCCAACGCCGGCGUGCUUGACUCCGGGAGCGGCCUCAAGUACUUCAGCCUACUCGACGCCCAGCUCGACGCCGUGUUCACCGCGGUGAGCAAACUUGGGAACUACAAUGCCGUGCGCGUCGUGGUGUCGGAGACCGGGUGGCCGUCCAAGGGUGACGCCAAGGAGACCGGCGCCGCCGCGGCCAACGCCGCGGCCUACAACGGCAACCUCGUGCGCCGCGUGCUCUCCGGCAACGCUGGAACCCCGCGCCGCGCCGAUGCCGACAUUGACGUGUACCUCUUCGCUCUCUUUAACGAGAACCAGAAGCCCGGACCGACCUCCGAGCGCAACUACGGCGUGUUCUACCCGAACCAGCAGAAGGUCUACGACGUCGAGUUCGUCCUCGGCGGCAACUCCGCCGGCAGCAGCAGCAGCAAAGGCAACGGUGGUCUCGGCUGGCAGGACAACGGCGGGGUCGGCAGCGGGAGCAAUGCACCGACCGGCGCCGGCGGCGGUGUGAAGGCGACCUCGACCGGGGAGGCGUGGUGCGUGGCGAACGCUAUGGUCGGGGAGGAGCGGUUGCAGAAGGCGCUGGACUACGCGUGCGGUCCGGGCGGCGCGGACUGCAAGGCCAUCCAGCCCGGCGCGGCAUGCUUCGAGCCCAACACCAUGGUCUCCCACGCCUCCUACGCCUUCAACGACUACUACCAGCGCAAGGGCCGCACCAUCGGCACCUGCGACUUCGCCGGCGCCGCCUACGUCGUUAACCAAGCACCAAAGAUGGGCAAGUGCGAGCUCCCGUCGUCGGUCUGAACCGAGGCAGCAGUAGCGAAAGACUGAAGAAGAGCAGCAGCAGCAGCCAUCUCGGGAUGCGAGGUUUUAUGAAAGAAAAAUCAAUCGGAGCGCAGUGAACAGAGGGAGGUCGGAAAAGAGGCAGAGAUGUUGGAAUCUUUGCUUCCCUUUUCGUUCCUUUCUUUACCUGUGGUGCUGUGCCCGGUGCUUGACUCCUGCCGAAUGUUUGCUGCGGCGUAGAAACAGUGUAGGAGUACCAGUGCUGUAGUAGCUGUAUCUCUUCCUUUUGCAGCUUUGGCUAAUGGUGGGGGAUAUCUUUGUUUAGUCCAUGUAACUAUGAUGCUAUUGUUAUUACUACUAUAUGAUUAACCUAAAUUACUACUAUUAUAGACUAAUCUGUA